GAUAACAAAUGUAAGAUUUAUUCUGGAAUAAUAUUAUAGUAAAAUUCCAAGAUAACAGGUUUCAACUACAACAACUUAAGUUGAAAAAGUUUGAACCUUUGACACUAACAAACACAACCUCGUCAGAUCCGUCUUCUUGUUGGUCCUAUACAUAUCCCUCUGCUUUCUUUUCCUCUCUUUUUUUGUCAGCUCAUUUUUUUCUCAAUUUCCCAGACAUAUACAUACACAUAUAUAUAGGUCCACACAGUGUAACAUACAAGGGUUUAGUUGAUUACUUCAGUUGAUUCCUCUGUAUGAACCAAAACCCUUAAAAAGAUUUUCUUUCUUUCUUUCAAUCUUUUCUCAAAUCUUUCCCCUUUUUCCUCCAUAAAAUAAGGGUUUCUGUCAAUUUUCUUAAAUCUUUAUCCAAAAUGGCAAAAGUCUGCCUUUUAGUUCACUUUCAUUACUUUAGAGAUUAGUCUUCUUUCAUCUUUGUAUCUUCUUGCAUAUAUUCAGGUUAUAGAUUCAGACAUAUAUAUAGAUAUAUUUCUAUUUGUGUCUGUUGACUUUCUUGUUGACUAGGGCAGAUUAACAAGAUUGGAGAUUUGGGGUUUCUUGAUUUAUUGAUUAUUUGAGCAAGUGGGGUCUGCUUUGAUUGUGAAAAGAUUGAAUCUUUGUGGGUGAUUUGAUGAGUUACAUGGAUAUCCAGCAAAUGACUAAAAGUAAAAUAUGUUCUAAGAAAUAUUGAUCAUAUAAACAUGGAUUUACGCGACGAAAGCGCAAGAAUCGGAUCGAACCUAAGGACCUUAUCGUCUUCAUCGUCGGUGUUCUUCUCCGCAAAUCAAUCACCAUUCUUCUCUCCAAGGUCAUCAACAUCUUGGUUGCCAGCUGAUGAUGCCCUGGUUCAGGCAGCGAGUACGUCAAGUGAUCUCCAAAACAUUGAGCAGAAACCCGCCUCAACCGGCAUUCCCACGAGUAAUCCGUUAAUAUACCCCACGUGCCACGAAAACGAAGCGUUUGACCCCCGAGAGAAGUCAAAGAAAGUCCAUAGAAGCCCAAUAUUGUCAUUUACACCACCCUCGACCUCCUACUGUCCAACAAGAUUAAGAAGCUUCGACGUGUACAUAGGAUUUCACGGGAGAAAACCGUUACUAUCAAGGUUUGUAAACUGGCUUCGAGCCGAUUUAGAAGUGCAAGGAUUAAGUUGCUUUGUUACCGAUAGAGCAAAAUGUCGAAACUCGAGAAAACAUAACAUCGUAGAAAAAGCAAUGGAUGCGUCUACAUUCGGGGUUGUUAUAUUAACAAGAAAAUCGUUUAAGAACCCGUAUACGAUCGAAGAGCUAAGAUUCUUCGCAAGUAAAAAGAAUUUGGUCCCAAUUUAUUUCGAUGUGGGCCCGGAUGAUUGUCUCGUUAGGGAUAUAGUCGAGAGACGAGGGGAGAUAUGGGAACGACACGGUGGCGAGCUUUGGCUUCUUUACGGUGGGUUAGAAACCGAAUGGAAAGAAGCGGUCAACGGGUUGACCCGUGUUGAUGAAUGGAAACUCGAGGCCCAUGAUGGGAAAUGGCGGGAUUGUAUUCUUCGGGCCGUGACACUUUUGGCAUUGAGGUUAGGCCGGAGAAGCGUUGUCGAAAGAUUAACUAAGUGGCGGGAAAAAGUUGAAAACGAGGAGUUUCCGUAUCCGAGGAAUGAGAACUUUAUCGGGAGAAAAAAGGAACUUUCCGAGCUCGAGUUUAUGCUUUUCGGUGAUGUGAUCGGGGACCGAGAACACGAUUAUUUCGAGCUUAAAGCGAGACCGAGAAGGAAAAAUUUGAUUCAUAACUGGGGUAGAAGCAAUUCGAUCGAUGAACACAGAAGAGAGGUGAAACCGGAGGCUAGAAGUCGGAGGAGAAAAGGAAAAGAACCGGUUGUUUGGAAGGAAUCCGAGAAGGAAAUCGAGAUGCAAAAUACCGAUCUUUCGCCAAAACCGAAAUCCGGGAGGCGAAAACGGGCGGUUAAAGUUGUGUACGGUAAGGGAAUCGCGUGUGUGUCUGGUGACUCGGGUAUUGGUAAGACCGAACUACUUCUUGAAUUCGCGUAUCGGUUUCAUCAAAGGUACAAAAUGGUGUUGUGGAUCGGUGGUGAAAGCAGAUACAUUCGACAGAAUUAUUUGAAUUUAUGGUCGUUUUUAGAAGUCGAUGUGGGAAUUGAAUCGGGUUUGGAUAAGAGUAGAACGAAAAGCGUUGAAGAACAUGAAGAAAACGCGAUAGCAAGUAUCCGAAAAGAGCUUAUGAGGAACAUUCCAUUUUUGGUAAUAAUCGAUAAUUUAGAGUCCGAAAAAGAUUGGUGGGAUCAUAAACACGUUAUCGAUCUUCUUCCUCGUUUUGGUUGCGAAACUCAUGUUCUUAUAUCUACACGGCUCUCGCGGUUGAUAAAUAUGGAACCGUUACGGCUUUCGUACUUAUCGGGUGUUGAGGCUAUGUCUUUGAUGCAAGGAAACGUAACAGACCGCCCGCUUUCGGUCUCAGAAAUAGAUGCGUUACGCACGAUUGAAGAAAAACUCGGGAGGUUGACUUUAGGUUUGGCCAUUGUCGGAGCGGUUCUCACUGAGCUUCCGAUAACCCCGAGUCGGCUUUUGGAAACGAUCAACCGAAUGCCAUCGAGUGGAAGAGAACGAGAGAGUCAUACUUUACGGAGAAAUACGUUUCUUUUGCAGCUUAUCGAGGUGUGUUUCUCGAUAUUUGAUCACGCAGACGGUCCAAGAAGUUUAGCAACUCGAAUGGUUCUCGCAAGUGGAUGGUUCGCACCGGGUCCAACCCCGGUUUCAUUACUAGCUCUAGCCGCUAAAAGGAUUCCAGAAAAGCAUCACCGGACUCGUCUAUGGCAGAAGAUUUUACGAUCGUUAGCGUGCGGGUGUUCAUCUUUAUACGACAAGAAAUCCGAAACCGAAGCGUGUUCGGUCCUGUUACGAUUCAACUUAGCUAGGAGUUGCACUAAAGACGGUCACAUCCGGUUUAACCAGCUGGUAAAACUAUACGCUCGAAAACGAAGCAUCCCAGGGACCGCACACGCGGUCGUGCACACAAUUGUUUCUCAGGGUACAAUCAUCCACCACUCGGACCACAUUUGGGCCGCGUGUUUCUUAUUACUCGGGUUCGGAACCGACCCAGUGGUAAUCGAAACCAAAGCUUCCGAAUUACCAUUUCUUGUGAAAGAAGUAAUCUUACCGCUGGCUAUAAGAACCUUUAUCCGGUUCUCACGGUGCACAGCCGCGUUAGAGCUUUUACGGUUGUGCACCAACCUACUCGAAGCAGCCGACGAAGCGCUCGUGACACCUGUCGAAAAAUGGUUGGAUAAAUCGCUGUGUUGGAGACCGGUCCAAACCGAUGCUCAGUUAAACCCGGGGUUAUGGCAAGAUUUAGCGCUUUCGCGUGCAACGGUUCUCGAAAUUAGGUCAAAGUUGAUGGUUAGAGGGGGGCAAUUUGAUAUUGGGGAUGAUUUGAUUCGGAAAUCAAUCUUUAUUAGAAGUUCUAUAUGUGGUGAAGAUCAUCCAGACACUGUAGCUGCUCGUGAAACUCUUAGUAAACUUACAAGACUUUUAGCCAAUGUUCAAAUUCAUACUUCACCCUAGAUUUAUUUAUACACCAAUAAAUUUUUUAUUGAAUUUAGAGAAAGUUUAUACCAUUUUUGAGCUGCAUUUACGUUUCUGUUUCA